AUGACACCUCUUUCAACUGUGGCCCUGGUCGUUGGCCUUGCAAGCCUUGUAUCAGGACAUGGCUUCCUGAAGAGCAUCACCGUGGACGGAAAGAACUAUCUCGCGUGGCAGGUUGGACAGGACAACUACGUGAACCCUCCUCCUGUCCGCUAUGCACGACAGCUUGCCAACAAUGGACCGGUGCCCGAUUUUACGACGAAUGAUAUCACGUGUGGUGCUGGUGGAAAUAUUCCAGCUCAGGGCAUCAUCGAGCUCAAGGCUGGUGACAAAAACUUUCAACUGGGAUCAAUGGGGAUCUUCCCACAGUGGCCCCGUAUUCACGUAAGCUUCCCCAUUCUAACACUGAUCCCAUCUUCGCCUAACGGCUGUUUUCCCAGUUACCUCGCCAAAUGUGCCAACAACGAUUGCAAGACCUUCAAAGGCGACACCGGCAACGUCUGGGUCAAGAUCGAGCAGCUCUCCUACAACCCGCAAGGUCAUCCGCCCUGGGCCUCUGACCUCCUUCGCGAACAAGGCGCCAAGUGGUCCGUCACUAUCCCACCGAAGCUAGCUCCGGGUGAAUAUCUUCUUCGUCACGAGAUUCUGGGCCUGCACGUUGCAGGGACGAGGAUGGGCGCGCAGUUCUAUCCAAGCUGCACUCAGAUUCGGGUGACACAAGGUGGGACGACGCAAUUGCCUGCAGGAAUUGCUCUGCCGGGUGCUUACAAGCCCGAAGACCCUGGUAUCUUGGCUGAGCUGUGGAGGAUUCAGCAGGGGCAGACACAAUAUGUGGCUCCUGGUGGGCCGGUUUGGAGUGAGGCUGCGCCGAAUGCCAAUCGGGCUGGGCCUUAA